AUGUCAGGCGUGACCCUUAGGACUACGGCAAUAACAUCACGAACCUUUCUCCACCUUCCAACCCUCACCCUCCUCGCCAUUACCCAACCCGGCCUCCUUUUUGCCGAAGAUGAGCGCAACAAGUCUACCCCUUGGCGACCGCCGGGAAGCCCCAGCUCGGCCAACGUGGUAGCCACCGCGGUAGCGGCGACGGCGGCGGCGGCCGCGGCCAUGGCAAGGUCGGCGAGGCCGACAAUGAACCCUCACCGGAACAGAAUCAGCCGUUCUAAGGGUGGCCCGAUAAGGCAAGGCUCGGUGGACAGGAGGGGUCCCCCCCGUGACGACGAGUUUUCACACGCGGGAGGAGGUUGGGGAGACGGGCGGGUGGGGGGCGAGGAAGGAGGGUCACCGGUGUCCGUGAGAGGGACUUACUGCGAGGAGAGGUCGGUCGGGCGAAGUUGA